AUGGAGGAUGCCUCCCCCAUUUACGCGCGCGCCUUUGAUCGGUUGCCCUCCUCUGUAAUCGAGUACAUUCUUUAUGCCGCAGAUGCCAACACCUUUGCAUCGUUGGCCCUUCUGAACCAUCAAUGGAGGCAUAUAUCGGAAUCUUCCGCACUCUACACACACCAUUUAUCUAAAUGCCCAUCAUUUAUUUGGUCAUGUGGGGCUCUUCCCCCGCCGGGCGAAGUGGACAGCCUCCCUGACCUUAAACGCCGUUUUAUCGAAGAAAUCCGUCGGAAUGCAUUCGACGUGUUCCUCCGUCCUCGUAAAACCUUGGUGCGCUUGAUCUCAAGCUCUAUGAGCUCCUCCACAGCUUUUCCACAGGGCGAAGUCUUUCGCUUUACAUUCUCAGCCAACGGUCAUAUGGUGCUCUGUAUGAGCUCAUCCCGAAUUGUUGUGCUGGAGCUGGCAUCUGACCCUGUGUCUGUCAAAUAUGAGUUGAAAGCCCGCCAGCGACCAAUUGGCGCUACUAUCUUGGAUGACGGGUCCCUGCUUGCGGUCCUAUCUGAGUCCUACCGAGUCAAUAUUUAUAGGCUCUCUGAUGGCCAAGCCAAAAGGGUCCAGUCGAUUAUUGUAAAUGAUGCUCCACGUGAUUUGAUAUUCUCACCAACAGGCAGCGUACUAGCUCUAUCAUUCGAGGACAGCAUUGAAGUCCAUGCAGUCGGAGAAGAAACCUUGACCACUGAGCGUCGGGCGGCACGCUGUCUCCGCGUUGAUGCACUUUCAUUUACACCGGAUGGCUCAAUGUUACUUGGAUCAUCGGUUGACUACGAGAUGGAUGGAAUCGUGACUAUCACGGCCCCCUUCUAUACCGAAACCGGCACCGAUGCAUCGCCCGAGGAAGUUCAAAUGCGGAUGUGGACAACACAAAUAUUAUUCCCUGAGAUGGUGCGUGGACUCACUCAUGCUUGCUUGGUUUCCGAGCAUGAUGAAGGUGAUGAUAGCUGGAUUCUUGGAUAUGACGUUCAGCUGGCAGCUUUCAGAGCAAUUAGAGUUAACAGCGUGGAUGCUGGUGGGGUAUACUUCUCUAGUCCAUUUUUGGCGGACGAAUCAAGAGAAAUGCUACCUGCUAUGCUUCCUACCAUUGAUGAUACUGGUGAACUUGCAGCUUUGGGAUUUCAGGAUUCCGAAGUAUGGCUGUAUGGAGUGCCUAAGCGCCUUGACACCGCCGCCCCCGCAGAGACAGCUUCCGAUGGAACCCCGAGAAUUUUCACCCGUAUGGGUGGUAUUCACCAUUAUUCCAGCUCUGGAACACCCCGUGAUAAUCUGGCACAACUGGAGAAACUUAUUCAAAAAUCAAAAGCCUUGAUUCGAGGUCGCCGUGUGACUGAUAUGCAUGGUAUCACAUCAACUCGUUGGGUACAUUCGGCACCAUCCAUAAAGCCCAAGCGCCGUCUUGUUUCGGUGGCUCCUGGUGGUGUUCGCCCUCAAUUAUUUGGCGAAGAGGAUGUGCCCGUGGACGGUGGCAGAAUUCUUCUUUUAGACUUUGAAAGAUCGACCACCGAUGGCGAGGAAACUGAGAUUGAUAUCGAGGUUGGAGAAACGGCGCCCAUAAUGUUACUGGAGCCAGACUCUUCCCUGGAUGCAGAGGUUGAGUUGCAAAGAAGACGUACACGACUGGUUCGCCAUGACACAGAUGCUACGGCUACUGGCCUCCGUUCGCGACAGUCGACGAGAAUAAUCCCAGUCCUUGAUCACCAACGACUCAAUGGUCUAGUAAUCCCCAAUGGCAACACUUCACCGAAUGGAGUGAGGCCAAAUGGAGCUGUUGAUGUUCCAUAUGAUCAUCAACAACCACGCUCUGGAGAUACACUUCAUCGUGCCGCCACAGCUGCAGCAUCAACGCGAGGGCGUUAUGACCCCCGUUAUCAGAGUACGCCCAACCAUCGCUACGUUCCUCAUGAAAGUGAUGCAGACAAUUGGGUGCCUCCACCCCCACCCUACAAACGCGAGCCUGAUGAACCGCUGCCAAAUCACUUGCAGGAGGCACUUAGGCCGACAUUGACUAUACCGCCCAUUCCACAAACACAAGGGCAUCAUCGUGGUUCACCUAACAACCAAGUCCAGAGAGCACAAACUGCUCGCGUUACACGGCAAUUUUCCCUUGACCGUCCUCGCCCUCAAUCUGCCAUUAUACAGCGACUGGGAACCUUUACUGGCUCUAUUCGCUAUGGGAGAAGUAGAAGGGGCUCUGCAGCUGCCGCAGAGGCUUUGAAUCAAGAACAGGGACAAGAACAAGAACAAGAAUCUUAUGUUCCACCCGUUCCAAGCUUGCCCCCGCUGCCGGCUCAUUUGUCCGCUGCCCGUCCUAGCACUGCGGUAUCUGCCGGUCAUCCACUCACCACGAAUCGAAUUCCGUCACUGCAACCACUUCCAACAUUAGCAAUUCAUCCGGUAGACCAACUCGAUCUUCCAACGCCACCUUUGGGAGCAACCAUUCUCGGAGAGAAUUACUUCUCAUAUGCCGUGUCAUCUCCAAACCUUUUGCACAUUCCGCAGCCACAUGAGAGUGGACUGGACCUUGACGCAGAUGAUGAGGAUCAGAUACCCGCGAGGCAAAGAUCCUUCCGACGAAGGGUCUCAACCGAGCCUACUAGCUUACCUCCGCCAGAGAACGAAGAGUGGCGGAGGCGUAUUCAGGAUUGGAAUGAACAUACUAUUCAGGAACGACGACGAAAGCGAAGGAAUAAGUGCAUGGUCAUGUAG